GAAAGGGUUAAACAGUUAUGGCUUGUAGUUAUCGUUUAAUAGUAAUUAUACAUUAUUUGAUACAUAUUUAAAUUAAUAGCAAUUUUUUUUUUUUUAAGUAAAACAGAAGAGUGGGCAUUGCAAUGAAUAUUAUGAUUAAAUGGGUUAAUGUUUCAGGCCCUCAUGGAUCGACGUCUACACUGGCCUUGAAUUAAGGAACUUUGUACUACCAUUCGCAAACUGUGAGAAAGUCUGUGAUUUUGAGGAAAAUUAUCAACACUGCCCUUAAAGAGAAUAUUAGUUUAUUAAAGAGAAAUGUUUACUGAAAUGCACAGAAUAACCACCAAUGUAUUUUAAUGUUCAAAAUGUUAAUGUGUCAAAACGUGGUCAGACUUGCAGACAACAACUGGUCUUAUGUAUCCAUCAAAGUCCAUAUAAAGUCAUACAUUGGUAGUUUUGGAUAGUUUCUAUAUUUCUGGAUUUAAUAACAUAUAAGAUUAGAAUUGUAUUGCGGUUCCAGUCGGUGAGUAAUUCCUAACAGUGUAAAUAACAUACUUUACAUGGUACUCGCACAUAUAUAUUGCCUCCGACAGGUGGCGAUAAACCGAAAUUAAUUUCGUGUUGCCUGGCCGUCGAAGAAAACCGGGGCUGAACCUAUGAGCGGAACACGCAGCAUAAGCUGAUUCGGUGAGCCUCGUGGAUCUAAAGAGUCACUUGUGUUCGUGCAUUAAGGUAUAAACAAGUAUAAAAAGAUGUGUAAAUAUGAGUAUACCAUACAAUAGAAGGAGAAGGUUGUAUGUAUACGUUCAAAUAAGCCAUGACUGAACAACGGCACAGUAGGUGGCGAUGUGCACAUUUCAUGCAAAGCUUCGAGAAACAAAAGAAGAAAACCGGAUAUGACGUCAUUUGAGAUGUUGCUGUGGAGACGUAAAGUUAACAACUUCUAAACGAAAGGCAAGACGAUAAAACAUUAUCAUAGUUUCCUACACUUAUUUUCUUCUUAAUGACAACACGUUUCACAUUUGAAUCUAAAGGUUAUUUGAUGUUUAGUUAAAUGUAAGAGACCCAAAGUGUUACCAUUUGAUUUCAUGGAUUCAUAAACAUUUAAAUCUGUGUUAGCAGCAGGUUAAUGUUUUCAAUGUUUGCAUAGAUUGCUCAUUGAAAUGAUAUACAGUGGCAAUAGAAGUUUAAAAAGUCACCUGCUCUUUUCCGGUGCUUAUGUUAUAUACUUAAGUUUAACUGUGUCUUAUUGUUUGUUUAAAGGGUUAAAAAUGUCUCCAUCAUUGGCUGCUCUUUAGAGCCUUUUCUCCAGGCAUCCCUCAUCAUGCUCCAAGCCGAUUCCCUUCAGCUGCUCUGCCUUACAUCGUCCAGUGGUGUCCCACUGUUCUCACGAGGCUCUUCAAAGCAGCUCCCAUUUUCCAUCAUUGGCUCUUUAAAUGGUGUCCAUAUGUUUGGUGCUGGACACGGAGCUCAGCUUUUGAGCUGCGAGACCGAGCGUGGCAGUCGCGUGGUCUGGCGUGUCUUUCAGGAGAGCCUGAUGCUGAUUGCUGUGAGUGGUGGUGGUGGCGGCUGCGCCAUCAGUGAGCUGCAGUUGCGCCGCCUGCUAGACAAUGUGUGGAACUGCAUGGUCAUGGUCCUGGGACAGGAUGAGCUGGCAAACGUACGCAAUGUGGAGCGGUUAAAACGGGAAGUGCGCUCCUGUUACCGCUUAAUUGAUAUGCUGUUGGAGCGUGUUAGCGAUGACCAGGGCUUGAUGGGACAUUUAACACAAUGCACCGACUGCCUGCCCCUCUCCAACUCUAGCAUGGUGCAAGAGACCCUAGACUCUUUUACUCAGGCAGCGGAUAGUGAAUUUGGUUGCCUGCUUGUGCAUGGCCGCGUUGCCCAGGCCACGGAGAAAUGGUGGUCUCGCUUGGCCCCACAAGAAGUUGUUGUCCUUUUAACUCUGGUACAUUCACUCUCUAGCUCUUCUUCGUGUGAUUAUCCGGUCUUCCUGCCCCAAGGCAGUCCCACCGUUGCCAUUCGUUUACUCUGUUUUCAACUACUUCCUGGGGUUCAUGUAUGUGUUCUUUGUGGCCCCAAACCCUCUUUGUACAAGGCGGAGAAUGAGCUUGUAAGUCGUUUUUGGUCUCCUCUGUUGGAGACUCUUCGCAGCUGUCUGGAGCAAGCUGACCGCUCCAUCCUCCCUCCAUCCCUUAACCUUCGCUGGGACGUUCAAGCUCUUCUGCUCAUCAACCGUGAAUCCCGACGUGCGAUCACAGUAUGCCCACCUGUUCGUGGGGGCGCACCAGCAAACGCUACACCACUUCUCUCGUCACACCGCCGCUUGGAGCUCCUUCGCCUCUUCUAUACAUUUGCUGUCACUCGAUAUUUUACCUCAGAGGAUGUACCAGUCUCGCCAGCCUCAUCUUCUUCUGAGCCCGUCUUUGAGGAUUUCUCUCAGGGGUUUACUCAUGUCCCUUUGCAGUGCUACCUCGUCACUGAUGACUGCAAGUGUUAUGGCCUGCAGAGUCCUCAGCAUCAGCUCUACCUCCUCACGGAUCUCUCCGUACCCACGUUUGCCUUGCGCUCCGUGGCAACACAGACUCUCACAGCUAUUACUGCUGCAACAGGUUUUUAGUACACUGGCUAUAGCCUUAUAUUUGUUGACUCUACUGUUGAAAAUGUAACAAUAAAUGUGUUAAUCUGGCUGUGAUUAUAGUUUUUUUUUAUACUGUAAAGCCAAAUUUGGAGGUGACUCACUCAAGGUAUAUUUGCACUUAAGUUUUUAUUAUGGUUCCACUGUAUGUUAUUUUUGUAGUUUACUUGUAGAAUUCACACUGUCAUAUGAGAUUUAUUACAUGCAACCUUACUGAUGCAUUGAAUAUUAUUGAAUGUAAAAGUGUGUUUACAUUUUCUUUAAAAAAAAAAAAAAGUUUAUAUUCUCUACAGUUCAUGACACUGGUGAAUGUGUUGAAUUUGGUUUGUCCAUAAAUUGUUGUUUGGGAAUCAUCAUUUGGGCAGUUGUCUUACAGUACUAAAAAAAUAUAUUUUACUAAUGUAAAAGUAAGCUAUUGUCUUUGAUUCUGUAAUUUGUGUAAAUGAGCAGUUUAUUUUGUGUAAACGACGCCCCCUGCUGGCCACCUAUGUUAUCUUUCAAGAACAGAGUUCAGCAGUUGAACUGUUCAUUCUUAUAACACAAGUGGCUAGACAGAUAAUGAGGCUAGACAAUAAGCAAAUACUUAACCACACACUAAAACAUAUUAAAUAAAACAGAACCCUGUGUGUUAGUUACAUGAGGAUAUUUACGUUAAAUGUUAUUUAUUAAAAUAUCACAAUGUAUUUUAAGAUAUAAUUGGUACCUUCAAACUCUAUAAUUUGAUGCCAUAAAUAAUUGAGUAUAUUUUAUUCAUUAUGUAACUUUCCAAAUAAAGCCAUAAAGACAACAGUCAACAAAUUACACAGGAAAUCCUUUAUUUUUAUACAAUUACUUCAUGAAAGCCAUUGUCUUUGUGUAUGUAUACACUUUGAUCCAGUGAGAAAAAAUAUCAAAUUCCAGU